UAAAUAGAUGAUAUAUCCUCCUCGAUCAACCAAACAACAUCACAACAAACUUACUACUACUUCGUAAGUAAUUUCAAAGUUCAUCAGAUUACCUCCGUAAGCAAGACAAUGGCUCACCUGCUUUGCAUCAAAAAGAAGGCAAUGGAAGUGAUCUUCCAGAAGUCGCAGAUGGUUGAACAGUACGGACCUUACGGUUCUCAGUGUCCCGAAAACUACAGCUUUAAACUUCAAGAAGGUGAAAGUAUCAAGGAAGUCAUCAUAAGGCAUGGCUACAUUGUUGAUGCUAUUGGCUUUGUUGUCGCUAAGCCUUGUGGAGGUACCUACACCAAGAUGUUUGGUGGCAGCUGUGGGAAUCAAUCCAAGAUUGUACUCAAGUGUGGUGAAAAGAUAACCCAAAUUUCCGGCACAUACGGAAACUACAAGUACCAGAACAACCAAUGCUCCAUCGCUACAUUGAAAAUCCACACCAACUUAUGCCCAUCUGGAUAUGGACCAUAUGGACAAGGAAAGGGAGUUGAUUGCCCACGUGCUUUUGCAUCGCCAUGCCCACUUGACGGCCCUGUUGUUGGAGUGUUUGGAAGGCACAACAACUACCUCGAGUCUGUUGGGAUUUUUGUCAAGAAGACGGAUUGCCCAUGCGCUUAAGUAUGAUAUUCUGCAGCUCUCGACAAACAAAAUGCAAAUGUUACAUGUCUUUGUUUUCAAUAAGCCAUUAUAUCUACUAAGUAUAAAGUGGCCUCUCAACUCUAAAGAGUGAUUUGUAAUAAUCAUUAUCUUGAGUGAUUGUUGUAUCGUUCUUCAUUUAUUUAGACUAUAAUAUAUUUAUAUAUCUGAUCUAA